UUGAUGGAUACAGAUUUGUUUGGCCCAAAAAGAACAAAAGAACAUGGUAUGAAAAAACACCUGGCGCUUUUGUUAUAAAAAAGAGGUCUUUUAACUGCCAAACUGGUAAAUGUCGGUGGCUUCCCGCUAAUAAUAGACAAACAACCAAACCACAACCAACCGAAAUUAACCGCCGCUGGCCGCCAUCAGCUCCGACGGCCACGGCGGCGACGACGGUGUCUUUUCUUUGUCCGCCACCGAUUUUUCAACCAAAUUUACAGUCUCCUUUCACCUCGCACGUGUGCGUCGGGGGACUAAUUCCUUCCUUUACGACACCGUUCCAGUCUCAAAUUGCACGCAACCUAUUUGAACUUUAUUCCCCCAAAUAUAGAAAAUAGGAAAAAAAAAAAAAAAAGGAAAAAUUACGUACGACGGGAGAAUUUUCCCCCUCUCCUCAUAGCCACCCUAUAAAAAUCGUCCCUCCCCACUUGUGUUUAUAGUUCAUUCAUACCAUUCUGCUCUGUCUCCUUAAUUCAUUCAUCCAUCCAUCCAUCAUCAUCACAAUUUCCUCCUGCCCCUUCACCAGGUACCAAUGAUCUCUUUCACAUAGAUCUUGUUCACUUUUAACUCUCUUUUUUUCGCCAACCCAUAUCGAUUUUUUCAUAAUUUUCACGUUUUUUUCGUGUAAAGUUCCCACCUUUGCUCCAAAUGCAACCUUGCAUUUAGCUGAAUUUUGAAUAUCUGUGAUGACAUUCGUGGUUUGCUUUGAUCUGGAUUUUCAAGGUACCAAGUCUUAGUUACUGCAGAUGGGAACUGUUGUUGAUGCCACAAACAAGGAAGGAAAUGGUGCUGUUUUAGGUGACAAGAAUGUGACUGUUGUCUUUGUCUUGGGUGGUCCUGGUAGUGGCAAGGGGACCCAGUGUGCAAACAUUGUGAAGCAUUUUGGGUACACCCACCUUAGUGCCGGUGAUCUUCUUAGAGCAGAACAAAAAUCUGGUUCAGAAAAUGGGACAAUGAUUCAGAACAUGAUCAAGGAAGGAAAGAUUGUACCCUCCGAGGUGACGGUUAAGCUUCUCCAACGAGCUAUGGCGGAAAGUGGAAAUGACAAAUUUCUGAUUGAUGGUUUCCCCCGUAAUGAGGAAAACCGGGCUGCUUUUGAGUUAGUCACUGGAAUUCAACCAGCUUUUAUUCUCUUUUUUGAUUGUCCUGAAGAAGAGAUGGAGAGGCGCCUUCUUGGUAGAAACCAGGGAAGAGAAGAUGAUAACAUUGAGACAAUAAGGAAACGCUUUAAAGUUUUCUUGGAAUCCAGUCUUCCCGUGAUUGAAUAUUACAAUUCCAAAGGGAAAGUUCGAAAGAUUGAUGCUGCCAAACCCGUUGAAGAAGUUUUUGAAGCAGUUAAAGCUGUAUUCACCACACCUGAUGACAAGGUAUAGGCUCAUAAACAAUUUUUAUGCUCCAUGCUGUAGAGUGCAAUUCGAACCUUGAAAAACAGAGCCAUGUUGUUCUCGUGUAACUGUUGAUGUGUUUCAUUAGUACUUCGUGAGCACCGCCAUUUCUACGUGCUAGGAAUACGAAAUUCUACAUUCUUCUUGAGGUGGCAGCUCGUUUUGAAAUUUUUUUUUUACCUUGCAUUGUAAUUGCCGGGAACAUCAUUCCUGCCAGUACUUUUACCAUUGUGGCGAUAAAUGGAGGAAGCCUUGGUCAAUUCGCCAAGAUGGGGAUGAGACAGAAGACAACUAAUAUAACUUUCUAAUUGUGUAGCAAAUAAUGAAGCAAUGAUGCCUGGUUUAGGAAUAUUUUGCCUUGUAGUUCCUGUAGUUGACUAAGAGAAAAGUAUUUUAAAUAUUGAUCCAGCAAGACACAAGAAAAGUAUUUCUUGUGUCUUGCUGUUUGAGCUUAAUAACAUCGAUUGUGAUCUUAUUGAUGGUUUUUAUGUUGUUUGCUAAGUUUGGUGAUGUUGGAAAGUGAACCUACUGGCUUCCUUUUCUCAUGGAAAACCCGCUUCAUAAGAUUUCUACUGAUUGAUGCAUGAAACUGAUGCUCGUUGCUCAAAUCAGAUGUGUAGAGUAAACUAUCAUUUGUAUGUAAUUAAUGUUUAAUUUAGUGUUAUCACUGUUUCUUCUAUUACAAUAUUGUGGUGUGCUGGUGUUCUCCUUCCGUCAAAUUAGGAGGAAUACAUCAAUAGUUAUAAUGACUCUUGAAUAUCAUCUGUAUGUUCCUCUCGUAGCCCGUAGAUUAAUUUGUAAAUUUUUGUUGCAGGUUACUGUCUAAAAUCAUAGGAUACUGUUGUUUCAAGGUUUUCAAUAUGGUAAGUUGUUUGGACUCUUACCAUUUGCUGUGGUAGAAAAAUUCUUUCUAAAGUUUAUGUCUACCAAUGAAAUUUUCUUUGUUGGUUUUGCAACUUGAAUUUUCUUUAUAAAUACUUUUACCACGUCAUGCUUCUGUCUGUAUGCAAACCAUUACUAAUGAUUCAGAGUAAACAUUGUUCUUGUAUUGUAUGGAAUGCAAAGACUGGCUCAAAUGUAGGUGGUUGAACCCCUUUAGCAAGAGAUGAGCUUUGCUAAGAUCAGAAAAUUCAGUUUACUUCGAUAGAUUACAGAAGGAAUCAAGAGUUCUUGCAGCUCAAAUACAUAUUAGCUGAAUGCAACCUUUCAAUUAAGUUCAUAGAACUGGUGUUGUGAAAACCACUUUGUUCUUUGAUGUACUAACAAUAAUCAUACUUUUUGGUUGCCAAAGAUGCAUAGUUGGCAAAAUGGUUGGGCUUUGAUUAGAUUUUGAACUUUUGUGACCCAUUGAGUUAAAUGUUAAUUCAUUUUCUCUCAGAAUGUCUUGUUUUUUCCAGUCAAAGCUUACACUUGGUUUUCAUGCUCAACUGCAGGUUUCAUGAUAUGGGCAGCACAUUGUUGUACUAUGUUAUCUAAUAUACUCGUCGCCGCUAUACUUGCAACUUGAAUAGGGUUCAUUUGGGACUUCUAUCUUCGAUUUUUAAAAGAGAAUUAGUGAUAAUGUUAUAGCUUCUGAGGCUUUUGUCUCUAUAUUUGUCUUCAAAGAUAUUUUUGGUAAUAAGAUUUUGAGUUUCUAUGUUGAGUGUUACGCGUGUCUUCUUCCAUUACUUGUGUUAUUCAACUGUAAUUUGCACUUACUUCGUACGAGAAAAAUAGUUCAAUUUGUUGAACUAAAACAGUACAAUUAGGUGGACUAUGUUUCUGAAAUAGAAGAAGUAGCUUUCAACAAUCGUCCGUGGUUUUUGCUCAUAAAGAGAAACCUCGCUAAUCUUGUAACGGAGCCAGCUUUCUAGAUGUUACAUGAAGUGUAAAACUGGAGCAAUUGGAGUGUUUAGGUUUAAACUUGUUAGAGAGUUAGCUCCAUGUCUCGUUGUCAACAAAACUGGAACAUUUGUAAUUUUGACAAGAUGAAUUCUAGUCAGCAUGAACAAAUGAAAUACGCA